CACAACCAAGCUCUGGGGAGGGAAAGAGGACAGCUAACUGGGUCUGGAUUGACAAAUGAUUGUGUUUUAACAUUUGUUCACAACAACAACGCUUCUCUUGAGUUGCAAUAUAAGGGUUGGGAGCAUUAAACCACAAUCUUUUCACAGUGGUCAUGAUACAGCCAGUACUUCUACUCCUGCUACUGGCAGCCAUGUCCUCACCAGUGUUUGGGACUGAGGUGUCAGUACUAAAGGGAACCUCUGUUACCCUUGUCUGCACAUACCUAGGGGAUAAAAAGAUUGAGACAUGCUGGGGCAGAAGUUGUGGAACUUUUCAGUGUACUGAUCCCAUAAUGGAAGAUAAAUCCAAAUAUAAAAUUAACGCUGAAGUUGGAACAGUGAAUCUCACCAUUUUAAAGCUACAGCCGACAGACCGUGGGAGAUACUGCUGCAGAGUCUAUGUCCCUGGAUGGUUCAAUGAUCUUAAACAAUUCUACAGCCUGAAGGUAGUCAAAGGUUGUGUGAGGGACCUACUGGAAGAAGUCCAUUUUCUGGGGAACAAUAUUGCGAAUCAGCCAUUUACAACCAAAAAUGCAAGUCAGUGCAGGCAGGAAUGCACCAAAAAUGACACAUGCCAGUACUUCACAUUUGUUGAUGAAAACGCAGGAAUAAUAGUCCACAGAAACAAAUGUUUCCUGAAGGCCUCAACUGGUCAUAUGCCUGAAAUUACAAUACAGCACCUCCAACAUGCAACCUCAGGCUACUCUCUGAGAAACUGCAGUGGUAAAGUCACCUACUCAGCCAAAAAGUACAGCCUCGUCCCUGAGAAGAAAAACUGGACCGAAGCACAAGAAUACUGUAGACAACACUACACAAACCUGUCCAUCAUACACACAGAAGAGGAUUGGAAGGCAAUUCAAUCCUCUUUGGGUGAUUUCAGUGGUGAUGUGUGGAUUGGGCUCCAUAGGUCUGGUCCAACUGAAAAGUGGAAGUGGUCUGAUGGACAGGACUUCAUGUUCUUUAACUGGGAAAAAGGUUUUGGUGUCCACACUAAAGAUUACGACUGUGUCUUGUCUAUUUCAUCUCAUUGGAAACCAGUGACUUGUGCAGCUCAAAGACAGUAUAUGUGUCAACGAGUUCGUCAUGGUAAUGGAACAACAGAGAAGGUGUAUGAGCUGAUGCAGGAGCCAAAGACGCAACAGGAUGCUGUGACAGACUGCAGGAAAAUAAAAGGCAUAGAACUGGCGAGCAUCUGUAACCAGAAAGAACAGGAAGCCUUUGAUGAGGUGACUACAGGGGAAACCUGGAUUGGACUUCAGCAGAAGAACAAACUAUGGAAUUGGUCAAAUGAAGAACCAUUUCAGCAAUGGGAACAUACCAUGGGCGGUGGAAACUGUGUACAGCUGAACUCAAACAGAAAAUGGACACCAAAAGAUUGCUCUAGUCAAUGUAUUUUCCUUUGCUAUGGAGAUGAACACCCAUUUAACACCACAGGGGAUUUGACCAUUCCUGUUACCUCUGAAACCACCAGCCCUAUUUCCACCACAACACCUACCACUUUACUACCUACAACCACUAAUGGACAGUCCACCACCUCACCACCUACCACGACUAAUGGACAGUCCACCACCUCACCAACUACCACUACUAAUGGACAGUCCACCACCUCACCACCUACCACGACUAAUGGACAGUCCACCAUCUCACCAACUACCACUACUAAUGGACAGUCCACCACCUCACCACCUACCACGACUAAUGGACAGUCCACCACCUCACCACCUACCACUACUAAUGGACAGUCCACCACCUCACCAACUACCACUACUAAUGGACAGUCCACCACCUCACCACCUACCACGACUAAUGGACAGUCCACCAUCUCACCAACUACCACUACUAAUGGAGAGUCGACAACACCACCAACAUCAACUUCCAGUGGACAACUGACCUCAUCGUGUCCCACCUCCCCAGACUGGAAUCCUACAUCCUCACCCAGUAGUGCAACUUCUCCACUCCAUCCUGAUUACCUGCACUACAUCAACGAGUCCAAGAGCUGGAUCAAUGCCCUGGAGUUCUGUAAAAGUCGUGGCUCCAAGUCCAACCUGGUGCACAUCACCAACCAGACCGUACAGGCUGACGUGACCCAGCUCCUGGCCAAUGUGGAGCUGCCAUGUGGGGGGGUGUGGAUUGGUCUGGAGCGGUCCAUCUUUGAGUGGAGCGCCCCCUGGCUGUGGACCAGUGGGGAUGUUGAUAAGGUGGUGAAGUACAGAGAGUGGCACAGCUGCUUCCCUCUCAACCCAAUCAAUUACCACUGUGGUAAGAUGGUCCGGGAUGGUAACGGAGAACUGAAGUGGCUGGAUGCUUCCUGUCAUCAGGAAUUAACCUUCAUCUGUCAAGAUCUCCACCAGAGGGCUCUCCAUGGCAGCCUGGACAGUCUGCAGACAGACACUAUGUAACAGCAUAGUUGAUCUAAUCUACUAGAGAGACUACCACACUCAAGGUCUGGAAGGAACCUGCAUUUCAAUUCAUUAUAUUGUUACACUACUAUUACUACUUUUCAUAUUAUUACUGUUAUUAUUAUUUAUAUUACUAUUAUUACAACUUUUUAUUACUUUUAUUUAUAAUUUUCACUAUUACAUUAUAUUACUUAAUGAUACUGUAUGUUCAUUUAUAACCAUUGCUAUUUGACUGUUAUUAACUGUACUAAUUUGAUUGUUUAAAAAUAGAGUUGAUAAAAAGUAAAGAAUGUUAUUAAAAUUAAAAUGUAGUAUUUCACUUUUGUGUGAUCACUGUAGCCUACUGUAGAAGAUGGCUAGUUAGCCUAGUGGUUAGAGCGUUGGACGGGCUGGAAGGUAACAAUCUGUUGCUCUGCCCCUGAACAAGGCAGUUAACCCACUGUUUCUAGGCCGUCAUUGAAAAUAGGAAUAUGUUCUUAAUUAACUGACUUGCCUAGUUAAAUAAAAGGUCUAAUUAAAAUAAAUAAUUACACUUAGUAUUGUGUUAAAAGAUGUAUGCAUUUCAUGCGACAACUGUGACUUCUGUGAAAUUGACACCGCUGCUAUAUUGAUGCAAC